AGAAAAACGAGUGAAGCCAAUGACCCUGGACCUGGUACUUGGAGAGAGAGAGAGAGAGAGUAUAAAACAUCCCUCCGGGAGCCCGUGUGUUGUUUAGUUGCAGCCAUGGCCAGCCAUGCAGCUCUUGUCUCCUCCAGGAUCCCCUCCAACACCAGGUUCCACUCCAAGGCCACACACUGCCACCCCACCCCAUCUUUCACCAAGAGGCUUGAGGUUGCCGAGUUCUCGGGGCUGCGGUCAAGCACUUGUGUGACCUUCGCAACGCAGGGGAGAGAGGCAUCCCUCUCUGAUGUAUUGGCUGCACAAUUGGCUUCCAAGACAGUUGGAGCCAGCCCUGUUAGGGGGGAGACAGUUGCCAAGCUGAAAGUGGCAAUCAAUGGCUUUGGACGGAUCGGUCGGAACUUCCUCCGCUGCUGGCAUGGACGAAAGAACUCUCCUCUUGAUGUUGUGGUCGUGAAUGACAGUGGCGGUGUUAAAAAUGCAUCUCACCUUCUCAAAUACGACUCAAUGCUUGGGACCUUCAAGGCUGAUGUGAAGAUCGUGGAUAAUGGGACCAUUAGCGUUGAUGGCAAGCCAGUCAUGGUUGUCUCGAACCGAGACCCUCUGAAGCUACCAUGGGCCGAACUAGGAAUAGACAUUGUGAUUGAGGGGACUGGGGUUUUUGUCGAUGGACCGGGUGCUGGCAAACAUAUACAAGCUGGUGCUAAGAAGGUUAUUAUCACGGCACCGGCUAAAGGAGCUGAUAUCCCAACAUAUGUCUUGGGGGUGAAUGAAGGUGACUACAACCAUGAGGUGGCAAAUAUAGUUAGCAAUGCAUCCUGCACAACAAACUGUCUGGCUCCCUUUGUGAAGGUUAUGGAUGAAGAAUUUGGCAUUGUGAAGGGUACCAUGACAACAACUCAUUCUUACACAGGGGAUCAGAGAUUGUUAGAUGCAUCUCACCGUGACCUGAGGCGGGCAAGAGCUGCAGCACUGAACAUUGUCCCAACUAGCACUGGAGCAGCAAAAGCAGUGUCACUGGUGCUGCCCCAGCUCAAGGGCAAGCUCAAUGGAAUAGCUCUCCGCGUGCCAACCCCCAAUGUUUCAGUGGUGGACCUUGUGGUUAAUGUUGAGAAGAAAGGAAUCACGGCCGAAGAUGUGAACCAGGCCUUCAGGAAGGCUGCUGAUGGACCAUUGAAGGGAAUCCUUGCUGUUUGUGAUGUUCCACUAGUUUCAGUUGAUUUCAGGUGCACUGAUGUAUCCUCUACCAUUGAUGCAUCGCUGACCAUGGUGAUGGGAGAUGACAUGGUCAAGGUGGUGGCCUGGUAUGACAAUGAAUGGGGAUACAGCCAACGUGUGGUCGAUUUAGCGCAUCUGGUGGCGAGCAAGUGGCCAGGUAUGCCAGUGCAAGGAAGUGGAGAUCCAUUAGAAGACUUUUGCCAAACAAGCCCGGAUACAGAGGAGUGCAAAGUUUAUGAAGCAUAAUUCAUUGAGCUUUAUUAGAAAUCAUUGUGAUGGAUGCAAUGCUUGAUUAGAUGGCUUUAGUUUUAGUUUUCAUCAGAUGACGCUUCUUUUUGAUUGAAAAGUUUGAGGAGAGCAUGAUGACUUUUUGUAAGGCUUAAACAAUCAACUUGAUAUGGUUGGAAAAAACUAUCAUGUACAUGAUUAAUCAACCGAUGAUCCUCGAUAUGAUAGAAUUAUAAAAAUAUCAGUUCUGAUUUCUAACAA